UACAUCAUCGCACUGGCUAUCAGCGAUCUUUUGAGCGCAAUUUUUAUCAUGCCGUUUGCAGCAGGAGUGCUCAUCUCAGGGAGAUGGCCCUUUGGUAAAGUGUUUUGCCAGAUAAACGCCUUUUUCAGCCUAUUUGUUGUGUACGUUUCGCCUGUGACGAUGGGUUUGACAGCGAUUAACAGAUACAUGAAAAUAUGCAAGUUAGAUGUAGAGUACAAAAGGUUCUUCUCCCCAAGAAAAUCCUUCCUCGUGCUAGCCUUUGCGUGGGGCUUAAUUGCCUGUUACCUCUUGGUUCUUCACUUGGCUAGUCUACAAGGCUUUCGCUUUGUGCCUGGAUAUGCCUCUUGCUUGAACCAAAAUCUGAGUACAUCUAGCAAAAUAGUUCAAUUUUUUAUUGUUGUUUCGUUGUUUUUCCUUUUUCCCCUGGCAGUGACGAUUUUCAGUUACAGAAAAGUUUCUAGAAAGAUCCAGGAACACAACAUCAGUUUAGCGAUGACCCAUCAAAGUCAACGACGGGAAGUCGACGUCAGCGCACAUGAAAUCCGAAUGAGCAAGUCAUUAUUCGUCGUAGUAUUCGCGUUCAUGUUAUGCUGGGUUCCCACUUGGGUCAUCACCAUCUUGACACGCUUUGUGGGAGAAAUACCACGCAAUGUUCAGUUGUUGUGCCCUUUUUUUUUAAAUUUGUCCAACACCAUUAAUCCUUUCAUUUACGCUGGUAUGAAUCCGUUGUUUAGGAGAGAGUUUAAAAGUCUCCUGCGCUGUGACUUUUUCAACAAAAUUCGUAGUGGAUCGGGAUUGAACGGUGUGGGAAACCAAAAGGGAUCGAGUCAAAGAGCUAUCCCCCUUACUCAAAGUACCCCAAAGCAACCCACUAUAAAAAUUACCAGACGCCAGGUGAGCUCUGGACGCGAUCAUGAACAGUAAAGUACGUAUUCAUUAUCAGAGGAAUCCAAUCGUAGUGAACGGAGCAUCAUGUGAGGUUUAGG